AUGUCCCUCGUCUGCUCAUCACCCGGCGAGUCUUCCCUGCUCGAGACCCUCCACAGCGUACUCGACGACGUACAGGACAUCUUCGACUACACGACACUGUACGAGCCGGAGUCGCGCGCCCGCGAGUUGUUCUGCGCGUUGGGCUUGCGCUUCCUCAACAUGCCCGUGCGACGUCCUCUGGACAAAUGUCACGCCCGCCCACCUCCUGGAUGCGUUCGUUUGCGCCUGUUCUCCGCUGAGCGGCGCCGCGCGGGCUUCGCGCUGGACCAAGCCGACUUCCGCCUUGAACGUAACGGUGAGCUCGAUGUGGACUCCGUGCGCGCUUAUUGGGGAAUACAACGCCUCCGCCCCUGCUCAAGCAGCACCGGGAUGGUGUUCGCACCAGCGCGGGAGGACCGCUGGUCUGCACUCGCGCUUCAUAACUUGACGGACGGGAAACAGCCGUUGUUGAACGUGAUAUACUUGCCCACGCCAGAAGACGCUACACAAUCCCACUUCCCGCCAAGCAGGCUAGCGCGCGUUGCACGACACGCAGCAACCAACCCCGCCCUCUAUGUGCACGCUGCACUCGCCUUUUACGCACUGCCCUAUCUCUGGGUCGCGUUGCUAUGGCUCCUCUCGCUCAUGCGUUGGGCCGUGUGCUGA